UCCUCAACGCCACUUCUUCAAUUCCUCAACCCUCCCCCUGAUCCUUCUUCCUAGCGUGCUUAACCACUUAUCAUCAAGCAAUUCAUCUUCUUUCUGCCAAUCUCCCUCAAGAUUCCUCCCUUCAACAGUCUCACACUAGGCCCUCAAUGUUGAAAAGAGAACCGUCGUCCUCUCCUGUCGUUAAGAUUCAGAGAUUCAAGAGCGGAAAGGAGGAUAAGUUAGGGUUUAUCUGAUCAUCAACAUCUUGAGGAUCUAUUUUCACUCUCUCAAUCAUCUGUCGUAAGUUCGCCAAUUCAGCUAUUAAAUCUCACUGUCGAUUUUGCUUCAAUUUUUUUUUUUUUUUUAAUUCUUCUUUCGAAAUACAACUUAGGGUUUGCUUUUUUCUGUAAUGUAAACUAAUUUUGCUAUUAUGAAACAUUUCUUCAAACAGCUAGCAUUCUUUCUCUUACUUUUAUUUAUGUUUGAACGCUGUUAGCUUUUGUUAUAUUAUGCCAUGCCUUAGCUUUUGAGACUCCUAGGUGAGUAGUAAUACCUUAUAUAAGGAGAACGAAGAACCUGCACAAGAUGUGCCAGUUUCUUCUCAUAAUGAAGGAUAAAAUUCCAUCAAUCCACGAGUUGAAGCUCCUCGCCUUUGUACCUUUGGCCGUGGAAGCGACUAACCCUAUUCUCCCUGAGGAUCAACAUCCUCUAAAUGGUACCAACACAGCUACUGAUGCUAACAACUUUGAAAAAGAGUCCACUUCACAUGAAGAAUUAUCGACCUCUGUUGCUUUAGGGGCCACCGGAGGAUCAGAUAAGCCUGAUAUUCAACUGCUUCAUGAUAUUGUCAAAGCUUAGUCCAAUGAAGCUCCUCGUGAUAAACCCCAAGAUCAAGUUAAUGAAGUUCCUGAUGCAAAAACCCUAGCUCAAGCCAAUGAAGUUCCUGAUGCUAAAACCGAAGUUGAAACCAAUGAAGUUCCUGUUACUGUAACCCUAGUUGAAACUAAUGAAAUUCCUGAUAGUAUCAACGCCGUUUCCACAAACUCUGAACCCCCAAACAACACCGUUUCCACUAGUUCUGAGCCCCCUAAAAACACCAUUUCCAUUCAUUCUCAACUCCCUGUCAACUCUGUUUCCUCAAAUUCGGAGACCCCUGCAAAUCCUGAGGCUGAACCUUCUUCCCAGGCACCGCAAACUAAAUUUGAACCUGCUACUCCCAAGCCUGAUGUGGUUUCUGCUGACAUAAAACCUGAUAAUGCAAAUAGCACAGAAAUCAAAAGUGAAGUCAAGAAAAUAGAGUUGUCUACACCCACAGCAAAUCAAAACUCCAACUCGACAUAUUCAUUUCUCUUAGAUGAAAAUUAUGAGGGUAGUGAAUCAGGGACCGAGGAGGAGCAACCUGCAUUCAUGAAGGAACUUGAAAAAAUUUUUAGGGAGAGGAGCAUGGAAUUGAAACCUCCUAAGUUCUAUGGAGAGGGAUUGAGUUGUCUUAAGUUGUGGAGAGCUGUGACUAGGUUGGGUGGCUAGGACAAGGUAUGCACUGCAACUUUUUUAUCCUUUCACUGGCAUUUAGUAAUUUGUUGAUGUUUUUGUUUUGGUCAAUUUUAUAAUUUUAUGAUUUAGGACAUUGAUUGGAACAUUGCAAAUGAGUAGUUUAGCCACCGUUUACAACAUUAACCUUUAGGCUUACUGGUAUUAGAUACUUAGAUUGUCAAUAUGUCUCACUUCAGGUGACCAUAUCAUGCUAUAUGUUGAUAUACAAGUAGCAGCUUCCUUGAUGCAGUAACAAUAUUAAUCUCUUUUGCAUUCUUUUUCAUGUUAUGUGCUCCCUUUUUUAAUUAUUACAUGGAAGCAUGUAGUUUUUGCACAGAAAUCAAUUCAAAAUCAGAAAUGCCAGAACGUGAAAACUAGAAAAACCUGUGUAUGACACAAUUAAAAAUUCAGAUGGGCUUUUAAUAGUUUUGCCCUUUUUGUCCUUUUCCUAGGCUUUGUGUUAGAAUUUUCACUGUUGAUACAAAAACAUUAUUACUAUUAAUAGCGGCCACAGUUUCUGUGAUUUCAUAUUUCAUUACACGAUUUGUCUCUGUUUCUUUGUUGACGGAGAUAAAAGAUUCAUCAUUUUUUAUUUCCAUUGACAAAGAGACUGCAACGAAUCGUCUUUAUCUCUUCCUUGAAAGAGAAGACGAGACAACUUUGUCUCAUCUUCGUGGAUGUAGAUAGAGUUUUUCGUCUCCAUCGACGUCCUCUGUCGAGAGAGGAGACAGUUGGGCUAAAGGUGGAGAUGGUGACAGCCAAGGGAGAAAACCUUGGGUUUUGAGGGGAGAGGAAAGUUACUUUUCAAAGUUGAGAUUGGGAGUAAAAUACGAGUUUUCAAAAUUUGGGGUAGAAAUAAGAUAAAAUUAUAUAUAUUUUUAAUAUUAUUGAUAAAUAACAAUUUUAUUUUUAGCUAUUAUAGAAAAUUCUAACAGCAGUUGGUUAUUGGGGUGAGUGUUUGGAUUUUUAAAAAGCUGUAGGUAUACUUUUGAGAUUGAGCUAAACAUUGGGUGGGCAAUUGUCGUUUGCCUAAAAAAAAAAAUUCUAUUGUAAUUUCCAUAAAACCAUAAGUUGGCCCUUUAACCUGCAGGUUAUAAAAUCAUGGUUUAAACAUAGUAAAAAUUCCCUUGUCAAAUUGUGUACGCUCAGGUUAAUAAUCACUUGCGAUUUUCCUAUACUGCCCUUGCCCUCCAGCCCCUAUAUAAGCAGAAACUACGGUUUUAUUCAUUUAUCUCCAUAAUUAGAAAAUAUGUUGGAAUUUCACUCAGAGCAAUCUGAAGCUUUUGUAGGCGAAAACGCCCCAGUCAAUGACUUGGGUUGUAAUGACAGGAGCUUAUUUUCUGAACAACCCGAUGUAUUUUUCGAGGGUAUUGCCUUUUUUCAGGUGAUCUAUGAUGGAGAAGAGUCCUUGAACAAGUUUCUUAGCCUAUCGCUUCAAGAAAAGGUCAUGUCAUGCAGUACUGGCGGUAAGACACCCCUGUCUAACUUUGAAGCUGGUCAGAACUAUAAGGAUCGCCUGAUAAAUGAUGAAUAUCAUAUUAUGGAUUCGGGAAUAACACAAAGUUCAAAUCUGCCACUACAGGGCAAUGUUGGUUACUUCCAAAAUAUUAAGUGGACAAAAUGUAGUAAAGGUGGGAGGGUUGAGAACAUUCGCCCUGGUCGUAUCAGCAGAUUAAGAAAAAGACGUGACAAGAAGGACGAUGAUGAUGACGGUGAGGACAAUCGGCAGCCAUCAGACCCUCAUGCUCUUUAUAUUAUCUUUUUAAUAGCUAUCAUGCUUAUGUUGUUUCUGAUCAUUCUUUCCUUGAUUAUCUGGCUUAUGAGAUAAUUAGACGAUUCUCUACGCAUGUACUUAGGAAAAACAAACUGUUGCUUUUGAGUUUGAUCGUUUUUAGUGUUGUUUUUACUUGCUUAAAAAAAGCUUAAUCUUGUUUGUGCUUGGUGAAAAUUAACAUAGGGCUGGCGGCUGUCAGACUCAUUUUAUUUUCUUUCA